AAUAGGUACAAUCAUCAUCAUCAUCAUCACUAGAUGAGACAGCCGGUUAGCUUUCCCUCUUUUCUUAGGCUUAUCCCUGUAAGCAAUACGAUACUUCUGAGUGCUUAAGUCCUCUACCUCUAGACUACGUCGAUCUAAGAAUGGCCACGCUGCUGGUGCGGAGGAUGGUGCAGAAAAAGAACUUGCGCAAGAGAAGUACUAUCCGGAGGGCUUCAACCGUGAAGGGGGAGUAGAGUUUAAGAGUAAGUUCUUUUAUUCACACUUUUCUGCAUAAGAUACAAGAAAUUCCUUUCAGUUUUACAGAGGAGUCGUUUCUUGAAUUCUAAGGCUUACGAGAUCAUCGUGCAUAGGUUGAAAAACAGCUUAGAAAAUUAUUAGGAAAGAAAAUUUUUUUCUAAGGAUGAAAUGUCGGCACGACGCACGAGUCUCGAUUAAGUUGAUAUCAACAACUGCUCCGAAGAGUAACAAGACCUAAAUUUUUAUAAUUAAUAUGAGAAGUGGGCCCCGGACCUGACGAGCAAGUCCACAGCUCUAAGAAGUGCAAUGACCUCGACAAGGUGUACAACGAAGCGAGAGCUUUAGAGGACAGCAAGCUUUUGCAAGUUAAGGCUAGUCAGGAGCCAUUAUGUAUCAGGGUAUCAGGGUAUGCGCUUUGUUUACACUGAUUGUGGGUAGUAAGCGUUCUCCCUUUCGUGUACUACACUUUCGGGGACGCCUCUUGGAUGUACUCACCCGUGGAGGCAGUCUUCAGUCCAGCUUGAGGGGUAGAACUUUCUUAAUAAGGGGUAGAACUAGAAACUAGAUGAAAGGGAGUCUUCCUAUGAUCCCCGCAAUUAUUAGCGGGGAGACAAAUAAUCGAAAACAGGAAAUUAUAACUGAGUUACUAACUGAAAUAAGGGGCGUAACUUUUAAAGGCUAUUCUUUGUUCUUCAGUAUCUCGGUUCUUCUCGUUUGUAGUUACUUGCCUACUUUACUUUAUCGAAUAGAAAUACAUAGGGAUUGCUUGGCGUGCGCUAAGAGAGACGCAGAGGGCGGAUCGCCUGCUCAAAUCGAAAGCAGUGUUAUGGUCAGCUUUUCUCUAUCUCACUCGGCAUCUUGGUACUACCCUUUUGCAGCCCUCCCCUGUAUUAUAUUCCUAUGAAUUUGCUAGGACCACCAAGGUAAAAAAUUAGGGGGUUCGGCCGCCCAGAUGGUAGAUUGGGGUCGUUGUAACACGAGAAGAAGGUAGAUUAGGAAGUGGUGCUCUCUAACCAGUGGAAGGCGCUUUGGAGACAGUUGACCAUCGCAGAAUUUGAUAAAAUGCAGGACACCAAGUGCCAAAACACAGAUGGGCCACUCCAAGGCAAAAUCACUCUUAAGUCCUGGAGUAGUUGUCGACUCUUGUCUCGUCUCUGUUUCCUAGUCUCUCGGUCCGAAUCAUGUCUAAGUGAUUUCUAUUCAACAUUUUCAACUAUAAAAACGCUUGAGAAACCGUGAAAGGGAAUUCAUUAUUGGUUGGCUAGACGAGGGAGUACAAAAAAUAGUGAAAAUAUUUCGGACCACAACAUCAGUUCACAACAGGUCAUUGUAACUUUUUCAACGUCGACUCAACUAAGGCUUCUAAUUGUAGUAAGUAGCAGUAGGAUCAUCCUCUUGACAUGAGUCUUGAUCGUCUCUGAGAGUGAUCUCCUUGAAGAAAUGUUUGAACCUUUUCUGAUAGAAAUUCGAAACGAAUACUUUUUUUUUAAGAGCACGUAUUUAAUGAUUGGACCUUUUCUGAUAGAAAUGACAGCUGAGGAAACUACGAUAGCUAGUAUGACACCAGUCGAUGACACGUAGCCUACACGAAUCUUGUGGUUAAUAUGAAACGAGCCUUAAUACAACAGGCCAAUGGCAAAAAAUUUUAGUUGUUUAGGCGUUGAUCUGUUCUCUUAUCAGAUCUCUUAGAAGAUUCUAAUGAGACCAAGAUGCUGAAAGCCUUCUUCCAUAACAGGGCGAAAAAACAAGGGAACGAAAAUUCUCUGGUGAAAUCGAAGGAAAACCUUGAAGAGGGCCGGCGCAAACUCGCGGAACAAAGACACAAGGGCUAAGGCUCUUUUUUACAGACGAAACGCAUCUCCUUCUUUCCAGUGACUGAGUCCACAAUAAUUUUGUUUUUUCCUCCAUACUUCACUUGCUUCGGCGAUGCUGGUAAGCCGAAGCUCACAGGCCCAGUCACCGACACCCAGCCCUCAUCUUCUGACCACUACAACUUGAUUCUAUAUAUUAGUUUACCAGUCCUCUUCAUACUACUUAAUCAGUUCUUGCGCCCUUUCAUUAUUUAGCUUUCUUCAUGAUCUUUUUCUUGUAUUUAAGGGAAACGGAUAUCAUGAAGCGAAGCACGGGGGUUUAUUCGGGAUAUGUUGUUCACCUACCAAUACAUAGGGUUAGUAGUUUCUCUCUAUUGUGUUGUGUUCACCUGCCAAGAAGAUGGGUUUACCACAAUUAUUGUUUAGUGAGGUCGAGUUCGAGUACAUUCUAAGAGGCCACGGAGGUGGCGGAGGAAGAAGCCGAACUUGAGAAGCUAGAAAAGACGUGGAUAGGCAAGUGGAUCUUCAUGGUGAAGAGGUAUUGUAUGGCUGCUUAUUUGAUUGUUCAUGGUAGCUUUUCCUUUGUUGUUCAACUAGGUUCACCUUGCAAGAACUUCUUCUUGCUCGUCAUCUGUACAAUGUUGGAGUAGGACCUCAUUCUCAAGUCGGACACCGAUAACUAGGCCGCAACGUCAUUAUAGAUCUAUAUUUGUGUGUAGUGGUACUCAAGAACAUGUGUGGCGGCGUGUGCCGAGGCACGGCCCCAUUCUAUCCUAUUGAUUUAUGCUUUCCUAACUCAGAAACAGAAGAAGAUCUAAAAUUUUAUUUCGCGCUGCCGUUUAUAUUUCCCUUGGUGUAGCUGUUUUUGCCCUUUGGUGUCGCUCUGAGAGUUUCAUUCUCUAAUACCUGCAAGUGUCCGUCUGCAAGUGUGCCAGGGAGCGCGCCGGCUGCCGUUCCAGAGGGAGAAAAUCGUAAAGAGCAAGGUGAAGUUGCUGGAGAAACAGCGCCGGAGGCUUCACCACAUCAAGAAUCUGCUAGUAUACAGCAAGCACCUGCACCACCAGACUCUGCACAACCAGACACUGCACCACCAGACCCUGCACAACCAGACCCUGCACAACCAGACCCUGCACAACCAGACCCUGCACAACAAGUACCACCUGCUAGCCCAGAAGGAACGCCUCCUGGGGUUUCCGAGGUGAAGGAGGAGGGCAAAGCGAGCAACGGAGAUGUUAAGGCUGCUAAUCUCCGAGCUCUUCUGUAGUAUUUAACCCAGUCAUCUUCCCCUACUAAACAAGGCAUCUCAGGGAUAGCUUCGAAAAAGGGCAGUUACUUAUAAUUUAUCGCGUAGCGAUGUUAAAACAAUUUGCAACACCUCAUGCUAGGCACAUGCAUUCACUCAGUCACUCACUCACUCACUCACUCACUUAUAACCUCAUACAUAAAUAUUUGGAUUGCUUAGCAGAGUCCAUAUACAUUCUAUUUGUAUUUGUCCAUAAUGUCCGUUGCAACAGGAGCCAUCUACAAGACAAGAGGCAUUCACAGGAAAAGUAUACGAGUACUUUCCGCGACGCUUAAAGUACAUAAAGAAAAAAUGACCGGUUAACUUUUCCGCCAUUUCCUAGGUCUAUCCCACCAUGCAACGACUAUUGUCGUUUCCAAUGUAGACGGUAAUAUCAUUAGAUAUUGGCGCCAAAUCUAGACGGUUGGCUUAGCGGUACCAUUAUUCGCUCUAAGUUCGACGGGGAGGAGAACAACAGCGGGAGCCCGCAGCCGCCGAUUUCCGAAGGGGUCACGCCGGAAGAUCACGCCGAUACCACAGGGGCUGGUCGGGACGCCGCUAGCACAGCGAUACCACAGGUGACCAAUCCACAAGCCGUUCAGGACGGAGACGCAGAGGGUGGUGAAGAUAUCGCUGUGAAGAUAUAAUCGUGUGGAUAAACUGUUUGGAAUUUUCGAAUUUGUCUGAAGAAAUGUACAGUAUUUUGGUCGUCCUCGGUUCAUUUCAUUGCUUGGAUGAAUGUUUAGAAUUCAUAACGAUCUGUCUUUGGAGGGCUGUGAAGAGGAUAUAAUAUCUUCGUAGUUAGGUCGGCUCUCCAACAAUUUAUAACGAUGUAUCUACAACUAGCGCUAGCCAGCUGCUUAAUACAGUAAUAUACUAAGCGUGUUUCAGCCAGGAUGUCACUUCAGGAUGGCUUUCCAGCAUAUCUCCUUCUUCAGAGGAUACGACAUCUUAAGGAACAACUCUAAGAUGAAAACGGGGAGCAAUCCCGAAGCGUCUUCAGGUACCGAGGCCGGAGCUUUAAGGCACACAAUAGUUUAGUCCCACAGCACAUCUUGCUCUUGUUUUGAUCUGAUUAGGAUCUCAACUAGACUAGGAUCUCACUAGGAUCUCACUUAGACUAGGAUCUGAUUACAUCAGGAAUAAAGAUCUGAAGAUUAGGCUCAGUCCCACAUUAGCUCAUCUCGCUCCUGUUCCUCCUUGGGAUUCGAUUCGGAUCUUAACUGAUGAUCGCAAAAGGUGAACGCACAAAGUGGAAUAGAAGGGGCUACUCGAUAAGCAGUAAGAGUAUCGGUUGAAGUGACUGGUAAUGAAGAUGUGGCUGAUUUGCUCCUCUAACAGCAGGUCCCAAGGCAGAGGGGGCCAAUUUUCUGGCCGGCAAAGGAUCUGCUAAAUUUAUGGGUGUUUGUAGGGAAUUCUUUCAUCAUCUCUCAGAUGACUCAUAUCUGAGAGAGAGAGAACAAGGCAAGAGGAAAAAAGCACCUCCCAGAUGAAUUUCCUUGAGAGAUAUUGAAUUUCCCACGGAGACCUCUAACAAAUCUGUUGCAGAGGGAGGCGCUGUUGCAGGGGACGGCGCUGUUGCGGAGGGCGGCGCUGUUUUUGCACGGACCCCCCUCCUUCGCGGGUCUGUACAAGUAAUGCGAGGCAAAGGCAAACCUGGUGUUAAGGACUUGUUGUUUUGAUAUAGUACUUAAUAAUAUCUAGUAGAUCAUCCCUCAUAAAAAUCAUCCUAGGUCUAUCUCUCCAAAGAAAAUACUUAGUAACUACUAAAUACAAGAAGGGGGCCCCGAUUAUUUAUAGGAUCCCUAACUUUACCUAACCUAAAUAGGAGCUACAGAACUCAUAGACAGUAAUCAUAGCGGAGAUGGAGCUGCGCGACUGUUUUCGAAUAGGACCGCGACAGAUGGGAAAAGAUCAGACACAACUGGGUCUACAACUCUAAUCUAAUCCUACAGUAGCUAGUAGUUUACACUGCACUGCGUCCUAACUCUGUACAAUGACUUGAGUUAUAGCCUCAAGACUUUCUCAUGGGGAAUAAUAUCUACUUUCACAGGGAAUGAUAAUCCUUGAUCGGAGGGCACAGGUUUCAUUUUUUUUCUCUGAUUUACUUGUCUACUACUUCUAAUAGCGGCAAAGGUGGCAGCAAACGAAAAGCGCGCAGUCCGAUGGGGAAAGAACCUCAGCAAGUCAAGGAUGAAUUUAGUGAUGGUAACUCCUGCGCAGACGGCUCCUGCAGCGGAUCUUUUAGGUAGGACUACUACAGUUGCAGUACUGGUUGCACUUUACUGAACGAUAGAAAAAGUUAGAGCCAUGCGGUCUAAUUUCUGAUACUCUUUGCAGGUCGUCGUGGUUAGUAUGUUCCUGAUUUUUGAUACUCUUCGCAGGUCGUCGUGGUUAGUAUGUUCCUGGACAAUACUAGCAAAGAGAUCUCCCAGUUAAGACAGAAUCCUAGCAGGUCAACUCUAGUAUUGAACACACAAGCUGCGAGAUCAUCAUCAGUGGAUCGACUCUACUACAGCUCAGUGCUCGUAGAAGUAGUGACUUACUAACCCGAACUUUUCCUUGCCAAUCCUUUUGACCCGAAAUUUUUAUUUUACCUCAAUCAUGAUCAGGUGAUGACCCGAAAUGUUACCUCCAUCAUCAGGUGAAAGACUAUACGAUAUGAAGAAGAGAUGGUAAAAUUGGAGUGGAUCUAGGUGAAAUGGAGUGGAUGCGUCAGUGGGUGUGCUGUGUACCUUCACCUAUUUCGAUUAGCUGGAGUCGUGAGGUACCUUCACCUAUUCUGCUUAUAUAUAAUUCUUAGAGGUGCGGUCGUGGUACACGUCCGCGUCCAAUUGAUAUAGUGUUGCAAGAUGAAUUACUUAAAAAUAUUAUCAAAGAUUCUGAACACUGUUCCUCACGAUGAACAGUGUUCAGAAUCUUUGAUAAUAUUUUUAAGUAAUAUUGUAGUUUUGAAAUUUUUGUUUGUUAUUCUCAUCCCCAUUGUUCAGAAUUUCCGAUCCACAGACUUUUCUCUCGACACCCACAGGUCCAGCCCUGAUGAAGAAUCAGUUGUCAUGAAGAACCAGUCCUGAUGAAGAAUCAGUUGUCAUGAAGAGUCAGUUGUCAUGAAGAAACAGUCCUAAUGAAAAAUCCUUUUGUUCACAAUGGGAAGUACUGUGCAUAUUCUGAAAGACCACUAUGCCAUCUGAAGGAGCACCAUGCCAUCUCAAGGACUUUCUAGUAAUGAGCUUUGUUUCUUCAGGUGAUCAAAUGAAGUUUCUAAGGUUUCAGAUUCCCUAGUACAAAAGUUUCUUGAUCUUGUUCAUGCUAGACACCUGAUUUAAAUACCUAAACCAAUGACAGAUAUUCAUAGUUUAUCAUAAUCUAUUCCGAGUUCGUCAUAUUAAAAAUCUGUAAACCAAAUGCUGGCACUAUGAGCCUACAAACUAAAAGUGUAAACCAGAUUUGCUAAAUAUUAUCCAAGAUUUAUGAAUUGAAAAUAAGACAAUUCUUGUCAUAAUUCCUCGCUGUUAUGUAGGAGCUUGCAUUGAAAUUAUCUGUUGUCCUAAAGAAGUCAGCUCUUUUUUUGUCUAAGGUCUUGAAUCUUGUCGGUCCGAUGUGAAAAUUGUUGUUACGUUUAUCUAUGCUUCGUUUUCGUAUGGGUCAUCAACUGAUGUCCACCUCAUAUCUCUCCACACAACCUCAAUUUAAUUCAAAUUUGUUGCACGAACACACCUCCAAAUUGCGAAAAAGAGAAGUAGCGUCCGUAGUGAAGAAUUUCUCGCAAAGAUUUCCUUGACUGCAUAAGAAUGAAACGAAAAUUUGACAUUUAAUCCAUCGUGCAGCGCAGUCUAGCGCAUUCUUGGUGAACGUAGAAAUAUGAAUGCUUGAAAAGUCAAGGAUUGUGCUCGACCUACAAGGAACAUCCCUGAGAAGUGCAUGUUGUGCCUGGUAUGAAAAAGAACAAAGUCUGAGCUGUCUGUACUCUACUAUAACUUCUGCCAAUUAUCCGGUUCUCGAUGCGCAGGGCUGAGGCGGGAGCCCCUGACUGCUUGAUUGAUUGAUUCAUUGCUUGAUUGUUCCUUCGUUAUCCAGCACCGCCGCUCGUUAGACGGCCGCAUAUUGUUGAUUCAGUGCUUGAGGUUCCUUGUAACAGACUACGUUAGGCGACUAGCCUCCGGCCUUUUGCUAUAGAUGAUCUUUUGCGGGCUAGGUCAGCGGGAACGCAGUCGUGCUUGCACAGCCCAGAGUUGGCCCUGGGUCUGUUUGUUCCUCCGUUAUCCAGCACCGCCGCUCGUUAGACGGCCGC